CCCCCCUUUUUACGCGUACUUUUUUCCCCCGCGGUUAUCCCUUCCAAUUUCUAUCACCAACCACCAUUUUCUAUAUAUACCUCUCUUCUUCUACCCAUUUUUCAAUCCUAAUAACUAAUAAUCUUGGAUAAUUUCGUCCCUUAUUCGAUCUAGAUCUCUCUGUUUUCUGGGGUUUCUUUCAAGAUUCUGCUUCAUUUCAGAAAAGAUGGCUUGCUUGGUUUCUCGUACUGGAAGGGAAUUGCAGAGAUAUAAUCAUAUGGGGUUUCGCCAAGUUGUGGGUUGUAUACCGUAUAGAUUUAAAUAUAAUGAAGAUGGGAUGAAGAUUUGUGAUGAAUAUGAGGUGCUUGUGAUAAGUUCUCAAAAGGGUCAAGGCUUGAUGUUUCCCAAGGGUGGUUGGGAACUUGAUGAAUCCUUGGAACAAGCUGCUUCUAGAGAGUCACUUGAAGAAGCUGGGGUUGUUGGCAAAGUUGAGUCUCAACUUGGAAAAUGGAGAUUCAUCAGCAAAAGCCAAGGCACAUAUUAUGAAGGCUAUAUGUUCCCUUUAUUUGUUGAGGAGCAACUUGAUCUCUGGCCAGAGAAACAUGUUAGAGAAAGAAUAUGGAUGCCUGUAGCUGAAGCUAGAGAAGUAUGUAGACAUUGGUGGAUGAAGGAAGCUUUAGACAUCUUAGUUGAAAGAUUAACAUCCAUUGGAGAGCAAAAGAAUGAUGAUCUUCUAGCAACUGAUGAUCUGUGAUAGAAAGCUCAGUCUUGUUUUUUCUCCUUGUAAAUAUGGAGAGGAAAAAUGAUGCUGGGGGCCAUGUGAAUAAAGUUAAUGGUUUGGUUGGAUCUUUCCUUUUCUGAAGUCUGAUGGCAUCAAUUCAUAGAAAGAAGGAAAAGCCAUAUUCAUGAUAUCGCCAAAAGCUUGAUCUGGCACAAGCUGUUAGAAAAAUAAAAGAGACGGAGACAUGGGAGAGAAAAGUGUAAGUGAAAGGGAAAGGGAGAGUGAAAGGGAAAGGACAAGGAUAGGGAAGGGAUAAGGGAAAACUAUUGCAGAAAAUCAAUUUGUACAUGGUUGGGGAUGUUCAUGACUAAUUGUGUCAUAGUUUCUUUUUCUUUUUGUUUUAUGUAUCAUCAAUUUUGAAAUAAUACAAACAAAUAUUAUUGAAAGAUAU